AUGACUGUUGUCGCUGUUGUGGUGAACAACAGUGUCUGGCGUGCCGAGAAUGUGUGCGCCAGUCAUUUGUCAGUCCCAGUGCUGCAAUGGCUUUGGCCCAAACUGCUUCGUGUCGAUCGUGGUUUGGUGUCUGAACGGCAUGCUGGAAUUCCUCGUGGCGCUAAGAAUGACAGCACAAGCAUGAUCGGUGGUCUGUUCGUGUACAAUCACAAGGGCGAGGUGCUAAUAUCGCGCAUUUAUCGUGACGAUGUCAGGUGA